CUUCUACCAGUCCUCUCCCAUUCAGCAAUCCCACACAACUAACAAAGGACUUUCCUCGAUCACAGAAGGAGACAAACAACACCCGGGAUCACGUCAGCGCUUGAGAGGAAUUUGUUUUAAAAGCGUUUCAUUUGAAGGCACUCAAAGAAAAUCAUCCCUCCACGAUGGUGUCCGCUGGGUUACAGAUGCUGGGCGCAGUUCUAGGGGUCCUGGGCUGGAUCGGCGCCAUCAUUGUGUGUGCCCUCCCCAUGUGGAAGGUCAGUGCUUUUAUCGGCAGCAACAUUGUGACCUCGCAAAUCACGUGGGAAGGUAUUUGGAUGAACUGCGUGGUCCAGAGCACGGGCCAGAUGCAGUGCAAGGUCUACGACUCCAUGCUGGCCCUCAGCUCUGACCUCCAAGCCGCCCGGGCCCUGACAAUCAUCUCCAUCGUGGUGGGCAUCCUGGCUAUCCUGCUCAGCGUGGCAGGGGGGCAAUGCACCAAAUGUCUUGAGGAUAAAUCCUCCAAGACCAAGGUGGGCAUCACAGCUGGAGUUAUGUUCAUCAUAGCCGGAGUCCUCUGCCUCGUCCCUGUUUGCUGGGCGGCCCACACCAUCAUCCAGGACUUCUACAACCCGCUGCUGGUCGGCGCCCAGAAGAGAGAGUUGGGUGCCGCGCUGUACAUCGGGUGGGGAGCCGCCGCCUUGAUGCUGAUCGGCGGGGGGAUGCUUUGCUGCAACUGCCCCCCAAAGGAGGAAGACUCCUACACUGCAAAGUACAAAGCUGCCAGAUCUGAAGCCUCAGCGCCAGCGUCCGGGAAAGACUAUGUCUGAAACAGAUCUGAAAGUCUGUAAAAAGAUCCACGAAGCCAUGUAAACUGGGACAGAUGCACUGGUGCUACUGGGUUGUGUGUGUGUGUGUGUGUGUUGAUAUUUCAUGAUGUUACUUGAGCAAAAAGUAUUUGAUGGGAAUAAACAUGGAAAACAGAACCACACCCAAAGACUAAAUUCCAUUUGACAUGUUAACAGUUAUUUGUAUGUGUGUGGUUGUUGAUAAAGAUAUUAGUCAUAUGUUUUCUGAGUUGUAUGAUGGGUUGUUUUUAUAAACUCUGUGUAUGAGAUUUGUGAUGUACUAGUUAAACUGUAAAUAAAUAUUUUGUUUAGAAAUCAGA